AUGGGCGAGCUUGCUCAAAAUAUGGUGGAUGCGAAUGGCCCUAAUGAUAUUUCAGGAGCUUCAAUCAAGGUAUUCGAGGAUUGGCAGACGCAUUUCAAAGCGCCAGCUCAAUCGACCCAUCUUGCACUGCUCUCUUCGCUCAGAACUCGUUACAUGGGUUGGAAUGUGGUAGUCACUGACGGUCCAAGAACGGCUUUGAUCUCAUUUGCAAAAGCUGGGCAUGCCACUGCUGUCUUGGAUACUAAUUGUGAUGUCUAUGUGAAUGUGCGAGGCUACCAGCCUCCAAAGGGCAGAAUCUCAACAGAUCAAGGCGAGCUCCUAGACCACACCUCGUUUGGCAAAUAUGAUUACUCUUGGAAUGGACACUCCUUCAUUAUCUAUCACGCAGAGUUUGAAGACGACGGGAAUAUCAUGAGCAACUUGUACAUUCUGUCCAGGAUCAAACACCACGAAGCCAGGGGCGCUUCAACACCAGCUGCGGAUAGUUUGAUCACUGCGGCUUCGAAGUGGAAUAAUGAGCUCCACGACGAAAUUCUAGUUUUUGACCAACAACACUGGACCAAAGACAAAGAGUUGUUUGCAGCUGUCCGGUCGGCAAACUGGGAUGAUGUGAUCUUGGACAAGGACAUGAAGCAAGGCUUGAUCAAGGACGCUGAGACAUUUUUUGAUUGCGAACAAAGCAAUGGAAAAACUAUUAGUGUCAAGGCGCUGAUGCACUCCCUGGCUUCGAGACGGAAUCCAGUUCCAACUCUUUACGUCAAAAGCCUGGCUGGUUGCGGUAAUUCAUGGUACGCUAUUCGACAGAUUUUCGUUAGGGCUCGACAAUAUUCUCCCUGUCUCCUUUUAUUUGAGGACCUAGACAGCCUAGUGAACGAUGACGUCAAGUCAUUUUUCCUGAACGAAGUAGAUGGACUAGAAGACAAUAACGGUAUCAUGAUGAUCGGAAGCACCAAUCACCUCGAGCGUCUCGAUGCAGGCAUCUCGAAAAGACCAGGACGCUUUGAUAGGAAAUACCACUUCGCUCUUCCAGCGACACCAGAGCGGACUGCGUAUUGCAAUUACUGGAGAAAGAAGCUUCUUGCUAAUGAUGAGCUGGAAUUUCCAGAAGAACUCAACGACGUGAUAGCCUCUGUCAUACAAGGCUUCUCGUUCGCCUAUCUAAGAGAGGUCUUCGUAACAUCCUUGCUCACCAUAGUCGGUGCUGAGAAAGGUACAAACAAAGACAUUGAGGAUAUACCAGCAGUAGAGGAAGGGGUCAGCGAGCCGGAUAGGCUUCUUCUAUGGCGAGUCAUUAAGAAACAGAUUCAGACCUUGCGUAGUGAGAUGGAAGGGGCGCGAAAGAGUGCUGAAGAAGCGGAAAAUAAAUCCGAAGAGUAG